AAACAAAUUGCAGGCGCCGUGAGCUGGUUAAGAAGAAAAUCUGAACAUGGAAGAUGCUGACGACUUUGAUAAUGGUAUCCCAGGGUUUGAAUUCGACGAAAAUGACUGGCCAACUACAAACGACAAGCCUAAGCCAUUUGUAGAUAGAUAUUUUUCUCGUUUUUAUCGAACAGAUUUAAAUGGCAAAACUGGUGAGGAUCAAUGUGUUCUCUGCCAUUCCAAUAAAAUAUGUUUAGUAACUCUAGCCAAAUCUCAUCCCGUUAUUGUACAGAAGAAAACAGUAUCUAGUAUAAAUUUCGAGGCAGCUAAUGGAAUCAACAGAUUAGAUAAUAAAGUGUCAGGUAAAGGCAAAAGGGGAGCACAGUGGGUGAAGGCUAACAGUAUUUUAUGUAAGAUUAAGUGUACAGAUGAAACUGAGUAUCUAAUAGUAAGCUGUGUUCGAGGAAUGUUAAUAGAGAUCAAUGAAAAUAUCCUCGACAAUUCUAACCUGAUAGCAGAGAAGCCUGAAGAUGCAGGUUUUAUUGCUGUGAUAAUGAUCAAAAGAAAUGAAUUUGAUAGAGAAAUGAAACAGUUAUUAUCACAGGAGAAAUAUCAAGGGAUAGUGAAAAAAAGACUUGAAGAAUCUGAAAAACAACCGGAAAUUCAAGAAAGUGGAAUAAGUAAAGAAAUGUCACAAGUCAGUUGAUAAUAGUUUUUAGUUCUUUUUUACAUUUACAUGACUAUGUGAAGUGAUGUGUAAUUUAAUAGAACUUGAAGGAAGUGCCUGUUUCCUUAUCAAGAGUCAAGAUUAUAGGGAG